AUGAAUCUCGUACAUUUGGUGACUACCUACCUAGACCUACCUAACCAGCCCGUAUGGUAUCAAAGCAGACGUCGGCUUGCUCAGGCUUACCCCCACACCCGAUGUGGGACGGUAUUUGUGUACUUUCCUUCCCUGGGUCAAAAGGAGGGCACGACCGGAGAGGGCUACAAUGCUCCUUCCUUUCAGGGAACCCAAUACCAUCAGCAACAAACAGACCAAUACCUGCGGACCAGGCCCACCAACAGCGCCCUCAAAAAGAAGAGCUCUAACUUGGGUUCCUCCGGGCAACUUCUGGAUCUGGGCGGUUGA